AUGCGUCUGCUGCUUUGCCUUUUCGCUCUUCUCGCUCAAACCGGUCUUGGCCACACUGUAGCUCGCAAUUCAACCCACAGACCGCAUAAGUUGAAUCCCCGAGUCAUUCAGAAUGCCUCGUUCUCCAAUGGCCACCCUACCGGUAAUCAAUCAGCAUCCUUAACUUCCCGCAACAAUUUCAUAAAUUUUUGUAUUUCGAGACAUGCGCUGGGAGCUCAAUUGAUGAACGGAACCCAAUCGACUCACAAUUAUAGCUGCAACAGUAUUCCUAUGGGAAUGAUCGUCGCGCCCGACCAAAUGCCAUCCUGCAAAUUCAAACACCCACACAAUCUUUCCAAACUCAAAGCCAACAAGUCAUUUGACAUUGUCUUAGAGAUCAAGAAGAUGGUCACUGGGCAUUUUGUUAAUCCAAACACAAGUUAUUAUGCUGCUCCACAACAGCUCUCCAACAAGACCAAAGAAGUGAUUGGUCACGCUCAUGUGGUAAUUCAACGCAUUCCAAGUUUGAAAUCGACCUCGGUACCCGACCCGCGGAAGUUUGUAUUCUUCAAAGGAAUUGAUAGUCACGUUUCUAAAAAUGGGACUUCCACUGUAGAAGUCACGAACGGUUUGCCUGUUGGUACUUAUCGCUUGGGAAGUAUAUUGACAGCUGCGAAUCAUCAACCUGUCUUAGCUGGAGUCGCGCAACGAGGACUUUUUGAUGAUGUGGUAUACUUUGUAGUACAAUGA